AUGGACUUUCAAAAUGAUGAUGUGGGUGUUCUACCCUACACAACCAUUGAUACGAACAAACAUCGGCAGUUUGUGGGAAUCCCGCAUGGUGCUGAGACGACGGCAGCACGCCCGUGGCACCAGCCCGCAGCAGCGCUGUGGCUCGCCGAGGGUGCGAAGGCGCGAGGGGAGAGCGUCGAAGCGCCGAGGGAGUGGCCACACUGCACUGUGAUUGAUAAAUCUGUGCGUCGUGUUCGGCGAAGUCAAGAGCAGCACAGCGGCAGCGGCAGGCAGGCCGCCGCAACGGAGUCGAGCGAGGUGGGCGCCGAGGUAGCGGGCCCGCACCCGCCCGCCACCGACGGCUUUAUGUACGUGUGCGGAGACAGCGCCGGCGGGCCCGGCCCGCGGUACGAAUGCGCCUUCGAGCCUGGAGGAGGCAUGGAACAGCCAACUUUUGAGGAGCACAUGUUCGGUGAGUUCGGCAAGGAUCGCCACGUGCAAGUGGUCGUGGGUGAAGUCGGCGAGUUGCAGUACCGAGAUGAGAUGCCAGUGUUUGCUGGCGCGGACCACAAACGCAAAGAAGAACCGCUCCUACUGCAGACAGUGGAAUCAGCGCCAGCCCCGCAUCCACCGCCACCUCCGCCACCAUCUACUACCAAGAAGAGUGAGAAAAAGAAAAAUGAUAAUAAUGGCAUCAAGAAAAAAAAGACAAGGACUACUUUCACGGCGUAUCAACUGGAGGAGCUAGAGCGAGCAUUCGAGCGUGCGCCUUACCCUGACGUUUUUGCAAGAGAAGAGUUGGCUCUUAAACUCAACUUGUCAGAAUCACGAGUACAGGUGUGGUUCCAAAAUCGAAGAGCCAAAUGGCGCAAACGUGAGCCUCCACGAAAGACAGGGUACAUAGGUUCCAGUUCUCCAAGCUCUACGACGUUAGGCGGUGGGUUCUCCGGUAUUGGCGGUAAUUUACCAGCAUUCCCUCAGAACGGUCUCCCUGCUCCAGCUGAUUGGUCAUAUCAGCAUUCUUAUGAACUUUCCUCGCAUCAACUUUUGUCGUCUAGCAGUGGUGGGUACCCGGGAUUCAAUACACAGCCAGCAGCAUAUUCAUACACGACAGUGCUGAACGGACAUGAUGGCCAAAUGUUUGCUCCCAGACACGCUUAUGAAUAUGGGGAGGGCAGUCCACCGCCGUUAGGCGUUCGCGAUUAUCCAAUGAUGGCGGCGCACUCUCCACAAAUGGAAGCACAUACACAUGAAGAGAAACUUGAGUAUCGUACACAUGAUCAUGAGGACAAGUAUUCAGCGUGCGCACUUCAGGAGGAACCUCCUCGAUAUGCUCCUCCACCAGACGACUAUGAUAAGUGCGGGAUGGUACCACACGAUAAGCACUACGAGAUGGACAGACACUCAGAUCUCAGCCAACCAGUUGUGGUCAAGAUGGAACCUAGCACCGGCCAAGCAUACACCACACUGCCCCCUUUUUUGAACUGA